CUCCCAAAUCCCAAUCCAAAAUGGCCGAAUUCAGUUCACCAGGAACGCCGAGCGGACGGCACGAAAAAUCGUUAGGUUUGCUAACGACAAAAUUUGUAAAUCUUUUACAAGAAGCUAAGGAUGGUGUCCUUGAUUUAAAAAUGGUUUGUUUUAUUUAAGCGUUUGUUUGUUUCCAGUAAAUCUUUUCCUUAGACUUCAGUCGCGUUGUCAGUUUGCUAAAUUCGAAUAUAUUUUGUUUGGAACUUUUCAUAGGCGGCUGAUACAUUGGCAGUGCGUCAGAAGAGACGGAUUUAUGAUAUUACAAAUGUUUUAGAGGGAAUCGGGCUGAUUGAAAAGAAAUCCAAGAAUAGCAUUCAGUGGAAGUGAGUUGAAAAUAAUGUAUAAGACAGUUGGAAUAUUUUUUUGUAAACAUUUGAUAAACAAGCAAAAUUCAUCAUUUUGGG